AUGCUCGCGAGCGCAACGAAGACGUUUUCCGAGCAGUCGGAAGGUCGGACGAGCAACGCCGUGACAACCAAUACGGCGCUCCUCAACGGGGCAGGUCAACUACCCCAGGCGGCAGUCCCGCCCUUUCCAGCAGCUUCCGGUAGUAGUUCCUCCGCUAAUAUUCCACAUGUAGCACAGCCAAUUCCAACGUCCUCCCAGCAAUACCAUCAGUCAAUCGGCGCCGGCGCACCAGGAGUUUCUCCCCCUUCUGUUGUUGACCCUGCGCAGCUCUGCCUCCCGAACCCUCGGUCCUCGCAAACUGGGUUGCAGCUCCAGCAAUUAGAUGGGUAUGAGGCAGCUGCGAGCUCUGGCGGCGGACCGCCGAACUACGCGAUACAGCAGCGACAAAACGAAACGGAACACCGAGUGGGCAGGUUGCAGGAUAUGAUGAUGUGUUUGGCGAAAAGGGUUGACGACACGCAGCAUCAAGUGAUCGCACAGCAACAGGUAUGAUAGAGUUUCAGUGUGACUUUGCUAUUUCUCUUGCAGCUGCUUCAUCUGUUUGUGUUUCCACCGUCUGCAACUGCAUGACAAAGUGCGUAUACAUUUUUCCUGCUGUUUGUUGGAUGAAGAAAAUGUCUUUCUAUAUCUUUCCAGUACUAUAUCCACUCUCACAGGCCAGCGCCGCGCAACGCCAGCAGCCGAUCAUCAUUCAAAACCUAUGAACUGCAAAAGUAUCCUACUCGUAUAAAUACAUUACAAAUUUCCUCAGCAUGAGAGAGAAAAUUUGUAAUGCGGACUUCGCUUAAGAUAAAGAUUUGUAAUGCAAGGCUUGCAUUUAUACGAAUGCGAGACUUUUGCACAGGAUAAAACCACGCGUCGAGCAACGUGGAAAACACCGCGCCACCACCGUAUGACAGUGCACAACUUCCCUUCCCCCUCAUUUGUGUUGCAUGAACAGCAACACAAGCGCUGGCAAAGAUGCAGCUUUUGCAUGACAGAUUCCUAGAGGGUUAUAGUGCUGUUUGGGAUUCAGGAAUCUGUCAUGCAAACAGUGCUAGCAGGCAAAGGGGAUCCUUGACCUGUGGCGCUGGGAGCGGGUGUCCACUACAUGAUGAUGAUGAUGAUGAUUUGCAAUUUUGCAUGACAAAUGGGGGGGAGGGGGAGUUGCGCACUCUCAUACACCGCAACCGCAGAACAGUAGUUUGUUCCACAGCGGGCUGCUCGAGACCUUCCUGGUCGAUCUCCGCUCCUGGUGGCGAUCUCCGCUCAAUAAGUUCUGCGUCUAUUGCGGAAUGGGGCUCGGCUUGUAUCUGUGGCAGCAGCGGUUGCAGCACAGCUGGCGGUUGAGUGAAAUACAGCGGAGAAUCGACGCAAAUAUCGUGUUAAAAGUGUCACAGUGGUUAAGCCGACACGUGGAAAUGUAGUUGUGAGAGGGAACUGAUUUUCAAGCAUCAAAAGCCAGCACUCGUUGGUGUUGAUGGCUCCGCAUGUUGCAUCUUUAAGAACAUCACCCUUCGAAAAUGCACAGCUUCUUGUUUGCAGAAAUAAAAAAUGUCACGCGACUUCUACAUGAAGGUUUUUACCGAGGUUGUUACGUUGCUCUCCACUGAUAAAUUCC